CCGUGCCGUGUGCAUCUGUCCACCGGGCACGCAAGGCAAUCCGUUCGUGUCGUGCGUGACGGGCAUGUGCCAGUACAACGAGGACUGCGCUGACACCGAAGCGUGCGAUCGGUUGAACCGCGUUUGCCGACCGGUUUGCGAUGGGGAUACGUGUGCCCGGACGGCGGAGUGUAUCGCCCGGAACCAUCAGGCAAGCUGCGAAUGUGCACCGAACACACGCGGCAACCCGUACGUCGAGUGCGUCCGGGAUGAGGUACCGCAACCGGAGUGUCGCAUGGACAGCGAGUGCCGCUCGCAGCAAGCGUGCAUCCGUAACCGGUGCGUGAACCCUUGCACGGAGCUAACACCGUGUACUAGCGAGCAAACGUGCCAGGUGAUCGAUACGCUCCCGCUGCGUACGAUCAUUUGCGCUUGCAAGACGGACAUGCUGAUGGAUCGUUCCGGUAGCUGUCGGCCGAUUGUGGUCGAAGAGUGCCGCACGGAUGACGAGUGUCCGGAUACGGAUCGGUGCGUGCGUGGACAGUGCGUUACGGCGUGCAGGGAGGAUCGAUGCGGUCUGAAUGCUCAGUGCUCCUCGGGUAAUCAUCGGGCGCAGUGUAGCUGCUCGCCUGGCUACGUCGGUAAUCCGCACAUCGAGUGUUUGCCAGAACCGCGCGUCAUUAUGCCGAAAGAGUGCUUGGCCGAUGAUGAUUGUGCAAUCGAUCGGGCUUGCCGUAACGAGCGGUGCGAGAAUCCUUGCGCGGAGGAUGGCUGUGGUCGGGGUGCGCUGUGCCGUGUCGAGAACCACCGGGCACGCUGUACCUGUCCAGUCUCCUUCACGAUGGAUGCCAACGGAAACUGUGUGCCACCGACGGAAGAUCUGCCACGGUGCCGCUCAAACUCGGACUGUACGCGCAGCGAAACGUGCGUGAACGAGCUGUGUACGAAUCCGUGCAACUGCGGUCAGAACGCCGAUUGCUUCGUCAAGGACCACUAUCCGGUGUGCAGCUGCCGCCCAGGUUACUCCGGUCACGCACAGACCGGCUGCUUCAAGCUGGAGUGCGUAAGUGACGCCGAAUGUCCGAACGAGCGCCAGUGCUCGAACGGUGCCUGCAUAAACCCGUGCCUGGUCCAGGAUCCGUGUGCCAUCAACGCGGAAUGCUACGGUGACCGGCAUCGGGCCGCGUGCCGCUGUCUGCCCGGUAUGGAGGGUGAUCCGUUCGAGCGAUGCCGCCGUGUCGAGUGUCACUACGAUGGUGAGUGCUCGAAGAGUUUGGCCUGUCGACGGGAGCAGUGUGUGGAUCUGUGUGCGCGCGAUUCACCGUGCGCCCGGAACGCCGAGUGUUUCAUGGUGAACCACGCGGCACAGUGCAAGUGCCCGGAGCAGCUACCACUCGGUGAUCCGUACUCGUUCUGCCGGCCCCGACCGGUUGAGGCGGACGAAGAGUGUCGCCUGGAUGGUGACUGCCCCACGCGGAUGGCCUGCAUCGGAAGCAAAUGUGUGGAUCCGUGCCGGGAGCUGAAACCGUGCGCCCCGACCGCACUCUGUACCGUGCACGAUACGGUACCGGUGCGGACGAUGGUGUGCGAGUGUCCACCGCUCCACGUACCGGACAGUAACGGCGAGUGUCGGCGCGUCGAGAUGCAAACACCGGUCGGUGCUUGCACGAGCGAUUCCGAGUGUCCGGAGCAGGAAGCGUGCAUCAAUCGGCGGUGCCGCGAUCCGUGUAGCUGCGGUACGCACGCGACGUGCCUGAUCAAGAACCACCGGGCCGUCUGUUCGUGCGAGGAAGGUUACGAGGGCAACCCGAAUGUGGCCUGUCGGGCGAUAGGAUGCCGCGUCGAUUCGGAGUGUGAAUCGAGCAAGGCGUGCGUCAACGGAAACUGCGUCAACCCGUGCCUCGAUAACGAUCCGUGUGGUCUCGGAGCGGAGUGUUUCGGACGGGCGAACCGAGCCGAAUGCCGCUGCCCGAGUGGCUACCGAGGAAACCCGCUGGUGCAGUGUCAUGUGGUCGAGUGUCGCAGCAACAACGACUGCCCGGAUGAUAAGCAGUGCCGCAAUGGACAGUGUGGCAAUCCGUGCAUCUACGAUAAUCCGUGCGCACCGAGGGCAGAAUGCCGGACGCAGAACCAUCUCGUCGUGUGCCGCUGCCCGGUCGGGUUGGUGGGCAACCCUUACGUCGACUGUCGACCGGAGCUGCUACCGGAGUGUCGCUACGAUACAGACUGCCCGUCGCAUCUAGCCUGUCUCGACGGCAAGUGUGGGGAACCGUGUGCGGCGCUAGCACCCUGCAAUCAACCCGCACGGUGCGAGGUGUUGCCAUCAUCCCCCGUACGCACCAUGUACUGCACGUGCCCGGAUGGGUACGUGAGCAGUGGUAGCGGUACGUGCAAACCGAUCGUCAAGGCCGGUUGCAUCUCCGACUCGGACUGCUCCAGCGAUACGGCCUGCAUCAACAGCAUCUGCCGGAAUCCGUGCAACUGUGGACCGAAUGCGCAGUGCCGCGUGAAGGACCACAAA